AUGCAGCUGAAGGAGAUCAUUAGAAACUAUUUUGUAGAAGGCCUUAAGCAUGAAUCAAAGGCCUUGUUGAAUGAUUCAGCUCAAUGGCAGAUCUUAAACAAAACAUAUGAGGAGAUGGAAGCUCUCCUUGAGUUGAUGUCCGAAGCUAUUCGGGCUGAUAUAACUACUCUUACUAAGGUAACGUUGAGGGCAUUUUCUCAAGCUCAGCAGGUCCAACCAGUUGAACAUAUUCAGCAAGCAGCGUGUGUAAGUUGUGGUGAGCCCUAUGAUUAUUCUAAUUGCCUAUUAAAUCCAGAAUCCGUCUAUUAUGUGGGGCAGCAGAACCGUGGUGUCGAAAAUCGUGGGAGCUAUUACGGAAACAAUGACAAUCCUCCAUUCAGGAAGCAGGACUUCCACAAGCCGAACAACUAUCAGCAACCCCAGGCUCAGCCAUCUAGCAAUUUGGAAGAGAUGAUGAAACCACAGGGUGCUCUUCCGAGCGAUACUGAGACAAACCCAAAGGAUUGUAAAGCAGUCACCUUGAGGAAUGGCAAAGAACUUAAAGAAGUGCCACCAAAGAACAAAAAAAAGUUUGAUGUUGAACUCAUUCCUGCUCAAAGAACUGAAGUUGAAAAGAGCUCUGAGAAGAUUGUAAAACAACCCGAAAGUGUGGUACAUAUCAACAUUCCUUUGGUAGAGAUCUUGCAAGAAGUUCCAAAAUAUGCUAAGUAUAUCAAAGAUGUGGUUGCGAACAAAAGGCGUUGGACAGAGUUUGAGACUGUUGCACUUACUGAGGAGUGCAGUUCUAGAGUGAGGAGUAAAAUUCCUCCAAAGUUGAAAGAUCCGGGUAGCUUCACGAUUUCGAUUACUAUUGGCAACAUUGAAGUUGGGCUAGCAUUGUGUGACUUGGGUGCUAGUAUUAAUCUGAUGCCUACUUCUCUAGCUGAUCGAUCUCUUGCUUAUCCUGACGGUAUUAUCAAGGUUGUUCUUGUGAAGGUAGGCCCAUUUAUUCUGCCGGUUGAUUUUGUUAUACUUGAUUAUGAGGCAGAUAAAAGUGUUCCUCUCAUCAUGGGAAGAGGAUUCUUAGCUACUGUUGACGCAGUGUUUUGA